AUGUGCAAACUCAUGCUUCAUCCAGCCCUUUCUUCCCCUCGCCCCCUUUCUUUUCCCUUGCCCACUCUCCUUCCUGCCACCCUCUCUCUCUACGUUUCCUCUGCCGACUCUCCUCCCCUCCUCCCCGCCUUCUCCCUCCUCCCCACUCUCCCCCAACCCCCCCCCCCCCCCGGUCUCCUUCCCCUCGCCCCCUCUUCUUAUCCCCGCCCUUCUCCUCCCCCCUUGGCCACUUUCCUCCCCCCCGCCCCCUUUCUGUUGGAGGCUGCCAGGAAGUCGUCGUGGAGUGGGGCGCUGUUCGGUGCUCCCAGUGACGGCCGGACCAGCAAGCGGCGCGUUGAAGUGACAAAGUUGCUGGCGGAGAGGGUUGCUGGGGGAGAGGGUUGCUGGGGGAGAGGGUUGCUGGGGGAGAGGGUUGCUGGGGGAGAGGGUUGCUGGGGGAGAGGGUUGCUGGCGGAGAGGGUUGCUGGGGGAGAGGCCGUGCAGAUCCACGCCAGCAUGGCAGCCUCGCUGGCAGAGAAGAAGCAGAAGCGUGUGCUGCUUGAGGGGCUCAUGGAUCGGAUCAAGCACAUGCUGCCACCCGCUGACAUGGAUGAGGUGAUUGGAGCAACAGGGAUGGUCUACACCCACGCUGCUGUCAAGCUGUCAGAUCUCUCCCUGACCUUUACCAGGCAGCAAGACAUGUCCCGAUCUGUGAAGCUGCCCAAGGAGAAAAUCACCGACUCAUCCACAUGCUGUGUGCGAGGAUGCGUGCCUGCGUACCGCAUGGUACAAGCCGGUGCUGAAACGUCUCAAAACAUCCCCGCCCUUCCCAUCUAUGACCCCCAUCUGCUUGGUGUGCUGCAGGUGUGUGUGAGGACUGCAUGCGCAGCACCAUGCGACCGCAUGCCAGCUUGCGCAGACCGCAUGGGGCUGCGCAAGCUGGCGCGAGUGGCCGCGGCUACGGCCCCCGAGGAGGCAGUGGAAUCCGAUGGGCAGCGCACGCCGUCUCUUUCUGACGUCCCUCCUUUAAAAGCCACUCUCUGA